AUGGCAGAUGGUCUCUAUAGGUUUCCACAGCCUGGUGUCGGGCAGUUCUCAUUUCCAGCGCCAUUAGCUCAAAAUACGGCCCAACAAUCAAUUCUUUUACGCAAUUACACGGGCUCUCCUCGCAGAGCAAAUCUUCCUUCCGAAUCUACCCCAAUUUCUCGAUCCCCGCACUCAACCUCUGAUACGAACUCCAACACACACAGCAUGUACAGCCAAGGCCAUCAGGCUCAACAUGCGGCCAUGUUGAAUGGUACGCAGGCCCAUCAACGGUUUGCGAUGCAAAUGCCCAAGUUCCAACAUCAGAACCACCAUCCUCAUCAUGCCCAACAACAUCAUCACACUCACCACAACCAAGCGACUCAUCAACUCAAUCACCAACCGAACUUCCCUACCGGCGCCCUAACAAGCACAACCCCCCAUUUCACUCCGAGCCAUAUACAGAAUGGGACACCUGGAAAUGUCGACGAAGAAAUCGACGAUACCAUGAAUGAGCACUGGCAGCAGCAAUUGCAGCUUGCAAACGAAGCUAGACAAGCAACAUCCCCUCAUUACUACGCACGGACGAUUGCUCAGCAGACAAAAGGCAUUCAGUACACACCCAGCCAGUCAGAUGGAGCUGAUAACACCAACGACAACCGACCUAGCGCGACAACCUCCAAGGACGGCAAGAAACAGAGUUGGAAUGCUAUCGACUUCACAAGUCAAGGACUUCGUGCUAUAUCUACGGGUCUUUUCAAUUACAAGUUUCUCAAUAAGUUGUAUCUGAGCAACAACAAGCUGAAAGCCUUACCACCUGCAAUUGGCCAACUUCGCGGCUUGACGCACUUGGAUGUGUCGGCUAAUGAACUUACCGAGUUACCUGGAGAAAUCGGUAUGCUUACGAAUCUACGCACACUCUACGCAUUUGACAACCAUAUACGAAGCCUUCCUUAUGAAUUGGGUUAUCUUUAUCGACUAGAAAUGUUAGGUAUUUACGGCAACCCGUUAAAUGAGGGACUACUGUCUCAAAUUAAGACACAUGGCACCAAAGCUCUAAUCAAAUAUCUGAUUGAAGAAAUGCCGGUACACCUUCCUCCUUCGGAUCGAGACUGGAUCGUUCUCGAUGAAACAAAGUCUUCGCAAGCCCAGGCCGACAAGUUCACCGUUCUGUCAUAUAACACGCUGUGCGAUCAAUCGGCGACCCCAUCGCACUAUGGGUAUGUCCCUUCACGUGCGUUGGCAUGGGAGUUCCGACGAGAUCUCAUUCUCAAUGAGAUUCGAAGUCACGAUGCGGACAUUGCCUGUCUCCAAGAAAUCGACCAGGGAAAUUACAACGAAUUCUUCAGAGAGCAGCUUGCGUAUAACGACUACAAGGGUGUUUACUGGCCUCGUGGCCGUGCAAUGGGAAUGCAUGAGGAGGAAGCUAAGAGCGUUGAUGGCUGUGCAACAUUCUUCAAGGCUAGCAAGUAUAUCCUUCUGGACAAGCAGAUGAUCAACUUUGGUCAGACUGCCGUGCGACGACCGGACGCCAAGGGUCAAGAUGAUAUUUACAACCGUCUUUGGCAGAAGGAUCAUAUUGCUGUUGUGGUGUUUCUGGAGAAUCGAUUGACCGGAACGCGGUUAAUCGUUGUCAAUGCUCAUCUUUACUGGGAUCCGGCGUUCAAAGACGUGAAACUCAUUCAGACAGCAAUCUUGAUGGAGGAAAUCACUAAACUCUCCGAAAAGUACGCCAAAUUUCCUCCGUGCACAGACAAGACAGCUUUCCGAUUCUCAGAAGCCGAGGAUGGCUCACAAGAGAACACGACACCGGUGGAGCCCGCACCGUCGGCUGAGUACUCUUCAGGCGACCAGAUUCCGCUGUUGAUCUGUGGUGACUUCAACUCAGCGCCUGGCGAAGCAGCAUACAAUCUUCUUGCACACGGUGGAUUGACGGAGGCACAUCCCGACCUGGAGAAGCGUCUUUACGGUAACCUCAGCCGCGUCGGCAUGACUCAUCCAUUUAAACUCAAAUCUGCAUACAGCGCCAUCGGCGAGCUGUCCUUUACGAAUUAUACGCCUGAUUUCAAUUCCAUUCUUGAUUACAUCUGGUAUUCGUCCACAGCACUUCACGUGACUGGUCUACUUGGCGAAGUGGACAAGGAGUAUCUCCAGAGGGUUCCGGGGUUUCCCAACUAUCAUUUUCCUAGUGAUCAUCUCGCAUUGCUGGCGGAGUUUUCAGUCAAGGGGAAAAAGGGCAAGGUUAUAGAAGCGGAUUUUGGUCCGUCACGAGAUAGGUCGAAUUGAUUGAUGUAAUUCAUUCAGUUGUUGCAUGUUAAGCAUAUAAUGAGGGGCUGGUGUUGUUGCAACUGUUGUGAUCUGACGAUUCGAUUCUUGUUUUUCUUUUUUCUUUUUUUUUUCUUCCCUUCUCCUGUGUUUUCUUUUCUUUUCUAUUAUCUCGGAAUUUGCUUGUUACUUUUUGUUUUGCGGGUUUUUCUUCGCUUCCUCGGUCUGUGUUAUGA